GGGAUAAUCUGUGAUAACAUAUACACAGUGGAUGCAGCCAAUUUAGGUUCCGAACCAAUUCCAUGACCCAUGACACACUAGGGGCUAGUCUCUGAUUAAUCGCUGCCACCAGGAGAAUGAAGCUGUUCCUGUCGUUAGUUGCCCUAUUCCUGGUCUCCGCUGUCACCCAUGGCAGCCCCACAGGAUGUGACCCCAAUGAGAUGCAUUCUCUGGACACUUACAUUAAUUCUGCCAUCACUAAGAUUCUGAACAAUGCCAAAGUUACGUGCAUCAACGUGGUCACCAGAGGGGCGUUAGCCACGUGUCCGGACAGUUACACCCCUACGUCCUGCUCCUGUGGCAUGGCCUGUGGCUCGUGGGACAUCCGCUCAGACACCACGUGUCACUGUCAGUGUGCUAUCAUAGACUGGACAUCGGCCCGCUGCUGUAAGGUGGCCUUUACAUGAGGUGAUGGAGGAGUAUACAUAUACUGUGAUUAUUGCUUGUCUCAUACACAAUAAACAUGAUUGGCAUACAG